AUGUGGCCGUCAAGCGAUUCUUGGUCUCUACAAGCCAGCUCACAACCCAAGACGGAUUUUGGUCGAAACCUCAACCUGGCUCCACACCAAAGAGCCUCUAUCUCUGUGAAAGACAGAGGUCUCGUGCGUCUCUACUAUGAGAAAAUCUUUCAAAACCUGCAACAAACAAACUGUCGAAUUAUCGCCAAAGCCUACAUCAAAUUAAUUGAACCGCGCAAGCAAGUCAACUACCCAUACAAUGGACGGAAGAUUGUUGAAGGGAGAACCCAACAGCUGGAUCCAGAUGCAACAAAGCCACCGUGGUGGCCGCGUGGAGUGAGCCAUAGGGAGCCGGAUCAUCUUCCAAAAGUUGAACGCAUUCGACUCUUGGUGCACAUGCUCUGCGAGAUGCGCGAAUCCCACGGAAUCACAACUGCCAGAUUAAAACAAUGCGAUCAGCCCAUUCGUCGGCAAAUCCUUCCGGUUGAACGGUUACAAAUCCUGGACGAGGCAUAUCGAGUUCGAGAGGAGGAGGAAAAAUUUCUCGAUGGGCUUUCAGGUAAAGAGUUCCUCGCAUCAUCUUCGACACUCUGCAAGACUCACAGGUGUUAUAUAGAUGGAAAUUCUGUGUGUAUAUCUCGCAACAAUCUUCCUCAAAUGGUAGAAGACACAUCCAGCGGACAAAGCUCGCCAAGUGAACUAGCGCCUUCUCAGAAGAUCGUUGAGUCUGAGUGCAGCGACGGAAUCGCUGGCGUUGAUAUAACCCAAGUCACCCCCGGAGACCUGCCGAGUGCACCAACUUAUGAUCAUUCCAAUCCUUAUAGCCCAGCAAUGCAUUUGGGCUCAAACACCCACUACCAGUCCAUCGACCGAACCACCGAAAUGUCAACGUCGCCAUUGGAAUUGAGGUCAAAACACGAACUACUAUCUGCCGGGGUGCAUUUGAUCGAUCAGACAUGUCCCGUUAACAUGACGGACUAUCUCUUCCCUUGCAUUUCUGGGAUUUCACCAGCCCCGAUGCAGUUCUAUGGUGCUCCUAACAUAUCCCCGGAUGCAGGCGUUCCAAUUACCCAGACCUCGAGAGAAAACUUGUCAACAGAGACCAUGAUGCCCUGCUGCCAUCCCUACUAUUUCAACUAUUGA